GGGAGGAACACCCAGGGGCCUGGAUUUCUGGGUUCUUGGAGGAGGAGUUGGGGGUGGGGAGGUGGCUGGGCGCCCAGACUCCUGAAUCCUUGAAGGAGGGGGCUGGGACCUGGAUUCCGGGGUCCACAAGCUGAGGAAGGCUGGAGACACCUCCUGGAUUCAGGAGGGAGGACCGAGAUGGGGGCUGGGGCGGGUAGGAUCGUGGCUGGAGGAGACUAGGGGCGCGAUGCCCGAGCCCUCGGGGGAGGUGGAGGAAGAUUUGUCUGGCUUUGGAGUGCCUGCGGCAGCGGAGGGGUUAACGUCUGGCUCGAGGGGAGGGGGAGGGGCAGGGAUGGGGCUGCGGGGCUUUGAGGGGUCAAGGGUGAGCCGUGCCAAUGGGAGGGGGCCGAGGAGGAGGGGCAGGUUGUCUGGGCUGCCAGACAGGCCAGGGUCAGCGGCGGGGGCAGGAGAUGUCUGGAGGAGAGGCCCAGCAUCCAUGCUCCCUCGGGGACCCGGGAUUCCAGGUCCCAGACCCUCCUCCCUCAGACCUGGGAGUCCACCACCCAGUCCCCCACCCAUUCCCCCACCCAUUUCAAAAUCCGAGCCCCCAGCCCCCUUUUUUCCAGGAUCCAGGAGUCUGAGCCCCCAGUCUGUUCUCAGCCCAGGGAAUCCACACUCCAGCCCCUAACCCCUUUAAAACCCGAGUUGAGAACCUCAGCCCCUCCUCCCAAGGAGCGCAGCCCCCAACCCUCUGCUCCUCUGGAACCCAAGCGUCCAGGUUCUGGCAUCUUUUCCCCCUUUGAAGCCUGCAGUUCUGGGGUCCCCCAGGCCCCUCCUCCCCGGAACCCAGGAGUCCCCACCUCCCCUUUAGCCCCAGCUGGAGUCCAGCCCUCCAGGGGUUAAGGGGGCGGGGCCAGCUGGUUGCCAUGGUGCCAGACUGUUUGGGUCUGCUCUCUGACCCUUGGGGGCUCCCCAGGGUCCGCGGAGAGGGGGAGGGGGACCUAGGCCUGGGGGAAGUCCGGAGCCUACCCCUUCCCCAAACCCGGCCUAUGGGCCCAGGGAGUUCGCGUUUCCACCAACGCCUUGUCAAGUGACCUUGAACAAGUCCUGACCCCUCUCUUUCGGCCUCAGUUUCCCCAAGGAGACACUGGUUGGCGUGUGGGGGAGAUACUGAGGUCCCGGGAAUCUUUGAGAUUCUCAGCUUCCCUUCUCCCCUCACCCCCCUCCUCAGGCCCCAGGCAGCCCCGGGGCAUGCUGGGAACCCGGGCCUGGGCUCUGGGCCAGGUUGGUGGGGGGGCGGGGGCAGCCUCCUCCCUUCCCCUUCCUCCCCACCUUGGCCUGACUCUCGCCCCCGCCUGAGGGUCUGGGAGGUUGGGAAGGAGGGAAGAGGGUAGAGAGCUGGGACCGUGGACCCGUCUCCGGCCCCCGCCUCCCCCUUUCCUUCUCCGCCCCUUUCCCGCCUCUUCUCCCCCUCCUCAGCAGGUCGCUACCCCAGCCCAGGGCCCCUUCUCAAACCACCCCCACCCCACCCCCAGCUCCAGACCUGGCUCGAGCUGCGAGGGGGAGGGAGAGAGGGAAGGAGAAAGAGAGAGAGAGAAGGGAGGGAGACCCAAAGGGAGAAGGGGGAGGGGAGGAAAGAGAGAGACCUAGGAGGGAGGACAGGAGAGGGAGAAGGAGAGAAAGGGAGAGAGACAGAGACCGAGGGAGAGUGGGAGACAGAGGUGAGAGAUGGGGAGGGAGAGGAAGUGAGGAGAGACAUCCGAAAAAAGGGGGUGGAGAAGGGUGAGAAAGAGGAGAGGGAGUCAGAGACUGAGACAGGGCCCGAGAGAACGAGAGAGACAAAGAGGGGGAACGGGGAAAAGGGGAGGAUGAAAGACAGGAGGCAGAGGAAGAGAAGGAGAAAGAGGGGGAGAGAGGGAAGAAAACGGGAGCGGGAGAGGAGAGGCGAUGGGGAGAGAGAGAGAGAAGGAGCACAGAGCCAGGGAGGGAUGCCUGAUGCAGGAGGAGGAGGCUGGGAACCAGGGAAGGUGGAAAGAAAGAGGGAGAGAGAGAAAAAGGCAGGGCCAGAGACAUGGACUGUGAGGAAGGAGCAGGAAGGCGAGGCUGGAGCAGGGGCAGCAAGAACCAGAGGGUCCAGGAGGAGGGGCUGGGCAGGGGAGAGACCCCAGCUGGAGGGGCUCUGAGCCCAGGGGUGGGGAGGGUGGGUGCUGAGUCCACUGCCCACUGCUGCUGGAGGCUGACUUUGGGAGUCUCUUCCCCUCUCUGAGGCUCAGCGCCCUCCUCUGCCUCACCUGCCAAAUGGGGAUGCUGAGGGCACCUCGAUCUCUGGACUGGGAGGUAUCAGGCAGAAGACUGGUGCUCUGGGCCUGAUAUGGUGUCAGUGCUGGGGGAUUGUGGCUGUCAUCCUUAGGACUGACCCAAAGAAGGGAGGAGAGAGGAAACAGGUACCAAGGGAGGCUUGGAUGCUUGCUAGCCCCUGGGCAUGGAGUCUGCAGACUGACCGGAGUGUAGGUAGGGCAGGUGUGCCCAAAAGGCCAAAUUCCCAGACAGGUGAGGUUCCCUCUGAGCCAGCACCCAGGAAGUCAGGUGCUCUGUUAGGCCAUGCCUUCCCCAGGAGGCCUGCCGGGCCGGCGGAGGAGGAUCUGGGGGCUGGGACUCCUGCGUCUCUGGGGAGAAUGGGGCUGUGCAUCUGGACUCAAGAGUCUGAGGGAGGAAGGGGCUGAGGGCUUGGAUUCCAGGAACACUUGGGGAGAAAAGGGCCAAGGGCCCAGACCCCUGGGUCUCUGGCGAGGAAGGGGAUGGGGACCUGGACUUCUGGGUUCUUUAGGGAGGAGGGGGAUGAGGGCCUUGACUCCAGGGUCCCUGAUGAGGAAGGGGCUGAGGGCCUGGACUCCUGGGUUCCUUGGGGAGGAGGGGCCGGGGGCCCGGACUCCUGGGUCCUGGCACCCACCCGUAGAACCGACCUUGCGGGGCCUUCGCCGCACACAAGCUCGUGUCUGUGGGUCCGUGUCGGGGGCUCACCAUCGCGGCUGGGGCCUCCCCGGCCCUCCCCCUCCCACUCCCCAUCCUCCUGGUCCCUGUCUGUCUAUCUGUCGGGUCUGUCCACCUGCCGCGCCCCCCGGGCUGAGGUAGGAGGUUGUAUAGUUGAGGAGGACACCCAAGGAGAUCACUAUACGACCUCCUAGCUUUCCCCAGGCUGCGCCCUGCACGGGACGGGGCCCGGCGGGGACCCCCAGCCCCACUCGGGGACCCUGAGCCCCACUGGGCUGCCCCAGGGACCCUGGGAGGAGGAGCCGGGCUGUCUUUUCUGUCCUUGUCCCUGCAUCCCCUCCCUGCCCUGAAUUCUGUUUUACUUCUGUCUGUCUCUCCAUCUCUGCUGUGUCUCUGUGGCUUCUGCAGCGUUCGCAGUGGAUUCUCUGCCUCUCUCAUUCUGGCUUUCUAGGUCUCUGCCCCUCCCGACAUCUUUCUGUGUCUGUUUCUGUCCUUUUUGGUCUUUCUGUCUUCUGGCUCUCAGAAUGUCUCUGUGCCCAUCUCCAUCUGACCCCCACCCCAGGGCCUGCGGGGCCACCACGUACCAUGCUGCCAGCCUCUGGGUCCCUGAGACCCUUUAACCUGUGAGGACAUCCAGGGUCACAGGUGAGGUUCUUGGGAGCCUGGCGUCUGGCCCAACCACACACCUGGGGAAUUGCUGGCCUGACCCGGGAACCCUGACUCCUCAUACGCUUCCUCCAGAGCAUGACAUUUGGCCACCAACUGAAACCUGACCUCUGACCCCAGACCACUGGCCCUUCCCCCGCCCUGUGGCGACCUCAUAAAGGUUACUAGCUUCUCCCCUGGCCUUGAGACCCACAUGAUGGCCCUGCUGGCCCUGGCCAGUGCGGUCCCAUCUGCCCUGCUGGCCCUGGCUGUCUUCAGGGUGCCCGCCCGGGCCUGUCUCCUCUGCUUCACCACCUACUCUGAGCGCUUCCGCAUCUGCCAGAUGUUUGUGGGGAUGCAGAGCCCCAAGCUCGAAGAGUGUGAGGAGGCCUUCACGGCCGCCUUCCAGGGCCUCUCUGACACCGAAAUCAACUAUGAUGAGAGAAGCCACCUGCAUGAUGCCUUCGCCCAGAUGACCCAUGGCCUGCAGGAGCUGGCUGCUGCCCAGGGAUCCUUUGAGGUUGCCUUCCCUGAUGCGGCGGAGAAAAUGAAGAGAGUCAUUACACACCUUAAAGAAGCCCAGGCCUGCAUCCCUCCCUGCGGUCUCCAGGAGUUUGCCCGGCGUUUCCUCUGCAAAGGGUGUUACUCCAGGGUCUGUGACCUCCCGCUGGACUGCCCAGGAUGUGACAGUGACUCGGGGCGACCAGGCUAUGUUUUCUUGCAUCGUGAACUUCAAGCUGCCCAAGGAGGAGAUCACCUAUUCCUGGAAGUUUGCAGGAGGAGGUUACUUAUUGGCAAGCCGAAGUUGAGAAGCUUAAGCCCGCGGGUCCCGCAGCUCCGGACUCAGGACCUGUCCUAUUUCCGAGAUGUGCCGCGGGCCGAAGGAUACCUGGCGCGGAUCCGGCCGGCGCAGGUCACGCACCGCGGGACGUUCUCCUGCGAGAUCAAGCAAGACCAGCGCCCCCUGGCUCGGCUCUACUUCUUUCUUAACGUGACGGGUCCGCCCCCGCGCGCGGAGACAGAGUUGCAGGCCACGUUCCGGGAAGUGCUGCGCUGGGCCCCGCGGGAGGCCGAGCUGAUCGAGCCCUGGAGGCCCAGCCUGGGCGAGCUGCUGGCCAGGCCCGAGGCUCUGACGCCGAGCAACCUGUUCCUGCUUGCAGCCCUCGGGGCCCUCGCAUCAGUGUGUGCGACCAUGUUGGUGUGGAUGUUCUUUGAAUGGUACUGCAGUGGCAGCUAACAAAGGUAUCUCUCCUCCUUCCCUAUCCUAUUUCCAUCCUGAAAAUAAAGAAUGUAUUUCAACUCUG